GGUAUUUCGUUGCCCAGCCUCCUCUGGUCACACUGCGUUUUUGCAAAUAAAAAAUAAAAUAUUCGCAUAGCACACAAAAGCAGCACUUUACCAUUGUAAUGCGUGCGAUAUAAUCGAUCAAAUACCUGUUCGAGCCAUCUCAAUGCCAAUCGCAACGAGCUUACAUCCGCGGGCCGAGUGAAAUGGCAAGAAAGUGAUUGCUGAUUCGCCCCACGAACAAUUGUUUGUGUGUUUGUACUUAGUGACGUGCGCUCGCUGCGCUGCAACUGCGCUGCCGCUGCUCUGCUCUGCUUUCUGGGACUCCGCUGCAACGCAAAAAGGAAACCCAGAGGAUUUGGUAGAACCUAGAGUGCUCCCGAGGGAUCUCAGGAUCGGGCGAUGGAAAAGUUUCCGCUGAAGGGCAGCAGGGAGGCCGCCGCGGAGGGCAACAGCUACAUAACCGCCUACCAAACGGUCAUGAAAAAGUCGAACGGCCACACAAACGGAGCUGGCGGCGACAGCGACCUAGACGGAUCUUUCCGCGACCACCCGCUGGCCCAGCACUCCAAGCUGACCACCUCGCUGACGGCGGCGGGCACCGACGACGAGGACAUGAUCGACAUCACACCGCGCUCCAGUCCGGGCGAUGUGAUUGGCGGCGGCGGCGUCGGCGGAGGAAGCAGCAGUGGCUAUCACCGGGAAACGGCCACCGAAUCGGACACCGAACGAGAUUUCGGACACCUGGGUGGCGGAGGCGGCGGCGGUGGCAAUCACCACAAUCAACGGACAAUGCACCAGCUUCACCACCAGCAUGUGCCGACCCACAGUGCCUUCGGCGAUCCCAUGGACGGAGCACUAUCCUUCUAUGGUUCCUCGGAUGUACAAGAUGAUAUUCCUGGCAUUGGGCAGUACGAAGAUUUUCACACCAUCGAUUGGCAGCGGGACAUAGCCCGCGACCGGAUGCGACACCGCUACAUAGUCAAGAAGCGACAGGACUCCCUGUGGGAUCUGAUAAAGGGCUCUAUUGAUGCCGGAUCUGGCUGGCUUUGCGUUCUGCUCGUCGGCAUUGCGGCGGGCUGUGUGGCGGGCAUGGUGGACAUUGGAGCCAGUUGGAUGUCGGACUUAAAGCAUGGCAUCUGUCCACCUGCCUUCUGGUUUAACCGGGAACAAUGCUGUUAUCCGGCUAAACAGUCGGUGUUUGAGGAAGGCAACUGCUCGACCUGGAAAACCUGGCCCGAGAUCUUUGGCCUGGAUCGCAAUGGCACCGGACCAUAUAUCGUCGCUUACAUCUGGUAUGUGCUGUGGGCCUUGCUGUUCGCCUCGCUCAGCGCCUCACUAGUGCGCAUGUUUGCGCCAUAUGCCUGCGGAUCGGGUAUUCCGGAGAUAAAGACCAUCUUGUCGGGCUUCAUUAUACGCGGCUAUCUCGGCAAAUGGACGCUGCUGAUCAAAUCUGUGGGUCUAAUGCUGUCCGUGUCCGCCGGCCUCACUUUGGGCAAGGAGGGACCCAUGGUCCACAUUGCCAGCUGUAUUGGAAACAUAUUUUCGCACGUAUUCCCGAAGUACGGUCGAAACGAGGCCAAGAAGCGUGAGAUUCUUUCGGCGGCAGCAGCAGCAGGUGUCUCGGUGGCCUUCGGAGCACCGAUCGGUGGAGUUCUGUUCUCGCUGGAGGAAGUGUCCUACUACUUCCCCCUGAAGACGCUGUGGCGUUCUUUCUUUUGUGCGCUGAUAGCAGCCUUCGUCCUGAGAUCUCUGACUCCCUUCGGCAACGAGCAUUCCGUGCUGUUUUUCGUCGAGUACAACAAGCCCUGGAUCUUCUUUGAACUCAUUCCUUUUGUAUUCCUUGGAAUAAUGGGAGGUGUGAUUGGAACAUUCUUUAUAAAGGCCAAUUUGUGGUGGUGCCGCUACAGGAAGUUCAGCAAGCUGGGUCAGUAUCCCGUCAUGGAAGUGCUCUUCGUCACCCUGGUCACUGGCAUCAUUUGCUACCCCAACCCAUUUACCCGCAUGAACAUGAACGAGUUGAUAUUCCUGCUGGUCAGCAAGUGCUCACCCGGAGAUGUCACCAAUCCCUUGUGCGACUACAAGCGCAUGAACAUCACCACGGGCAACACCAUUAUUGAGGUCACGGAGCCAGGUCCCGGUGUCUACAGCUCCAUUUGGCUGCUGAUGCUGACCUUUAUACUCAAGCUAGCCCUGACUAUCUUUACCUUUGGCAUGAAAGUGCCGGCUGGUCUGUUUAUUCCGUCCCUGCUGCUGGGAGCCAUCAUGGGUCGCAUUGUGGGAAUCGGCGUGGAACAGUUUGCAUACAGCUAUCCCAACAUUUGGUUCUUCACCGGCGAGUGUGCGGACAGCAAUCUCAUCACGCCCGGAUUGUACGCUGUUGUGGGAGCGGCAGCUGUGCUGGGAGGAGUGACUCGCAUGACCGUCUCGCUGGUGGUGAUCAUGUUUGAGCUGACAGGCGGAGUGAGAUACAUUGUACCACUGAUGGCAGCUGCUAUGGCCUCCAAGUGGGUGGGCGACGCUCUGGGCAGGCAGGGCAUCUACGACGCGCACAUAGCGCUGAAUGGUUAUCCGUUCCUAGACAGCAAGGAGGAGUUUGCGCACACAACACUGGCAGCGGAUGUGAUGCAGCCCAAGCGCAAUGAAACGUUGAAUGUCAUCACCCAAGACUCCAUGACGGUGGACGAUGUGGAGAACCUGCUAAAAGAAACUGAACACAAUGGAUAUCCAGUGGUGGUUUCCAGAGAGAAUCAAUAUUUAGUGGGCUUUGUGCUGCGCAGGGAUCUUAACUUGGCCAUAGGCAAUGCCAAGCGCCUGAUUGAGGGAAUCAGCAGCAGCUCCAUAGUAUUAUUUACCUCCACCCAGCCCAUCCAAAACCUGGGACCCCAGCCGCUGAAACUGAAAAAGAUCUUGGACAUGGCGCCGAUCACGGUGACGGAUCAAACACCCAUGGAAACGGUAGUGGACAUGUUCCGCAAGCUGGGACUUCGCCAAACACUGGUGACACACAAUGGUCGCCUACUGGGAGUAAUUACCAAGAAGGAUGUGCUGCGCCACGUAAAGCAGAUGGAUAACGAAGACCCCAACACGGUGCUCUUCAACUGAAUGUAUCUGCGAAUCCGAAGCUGGGCGAGCGCUGCUUCUAGUUAUUGUAAUGUGAACUAUCGCAACCAACAAUAUUUGAUAUGUGCAAAGUGCAGAUUGCAAUCUAAGCUUAAGUAAAAAGUUGAACGUGUGGAUGCAAAGCGGACUGAAGUGGAUUAGAGUGGAAUCGCGUGAUUAGGACAGUUAGGAUCGGAAUCAGACGUUCGAGCGUGAGAGAUUUAGCAAAAUUGUGUGCAGUUCUAUUAUAUAUUUAUAUAUCUCGUUAA